AUGCCCUCUACGAGGGACAAUGCGACAAUGGACAUUGGUGCCUUCCAAGCUCGAAAUACAGACACCAAAGCGGCCAAGAAGAAGUCGCGCGGCAAGAGUCUCGGUCCAGGGGGACUCGAAGCCCUCAAAGAGUCAAUGGGAAACGCUACGAAGACUACGACACCCUUCCAGAUAAAAUCAAUACUUAAACCAUCCAUUCCUCUGACGCCACCUAAAGCUAUACCUUCGUUUGACGAGCUGCGAAAGCGAAGCACCGGGAAGGACAAGUCACAGGCCAGGGACAAUCAUGAAGAGCUUCUCAUUGAUUUCUCGACCCCGGGUCCAAGUGGACAGAAUGCUGGCAUAAUCUCAAGAUCAGGCGCGGAGAAUGUCGCAGACCCAUUCAGUCCUAUGGUGCAACGAUCGCCUAGGAGGGGUGGUGGGACUGGGGGAAGCGCGGAGGCUUUGGAACGCCAGCAGGAAGAAGAGCGGAAGCGCCAGGCAGAGAAGCAGGCCAUAUUGGAACGGAGAGCGGCGAGGAGGAAAUCUCUGGCGAACCGUCGGGUGUCGUUCGCACCGGAGGCUACUUUGCAUACGUGGAGUGUUAUGGAGCUUGCAGAGGACUCGACGACAAGCUCCGCCUCCAACUCCACAAGAAGACAAUCCUCAAUGACAGCAGCGCAAUCACCUAUCAAAUCGAUAACAUCGCCUGAAAAAGCAAAUGUACCUUCGACUCCUGCCGACCCGGCCGGGGACCCGCUUGUCAAGGAGUCCCCCGCGAAACAGAGGGAUGUCCACCAAAAGAAGCGCAGACGCAGAAGCUCAGGUCUCGCAGAACCCACGCUGGAUGCUGAGGAGUUGAUGUAUUCGUCGAGUCCUUCAGGCGAUGUCACCACCAACAGCAGUCCUGUUCGCUUCGAGGAAGGUAUCGAGUCUUCGGAUGAGUCAGACACAGAUGGGGAUACAGCCAUGAGUCUGGAGGAUGCGACUUCAAACACGGUAGCUUCUGAGGAUUCAGGGUCAAGCACUCCCUCCAGCCUGGAAGAACGCCUACGGCAGGCUGCCGAACAAGCUGGAACCUGCGGCAUAGACUAUGACGAGCAUGGCGAAGAUUUGACCAUGGAAAUGGUUACCGGCACUGUGACAAAUGCCUUUCAAGGCUGGGCACAUGGGCGAGCUCCUGAAGUCGAAAGCGACGAGAUGCACGGCCAAGAAAAUCCAGGCCCUUACACAGCGUCGCGUCCAGCACUGCACCAGAAUGAUACUGAGAUCGACAAUGAAAGUGAGGAUCAGAGUGGCGAAAUGAGUAUGGAUGUCACAAGUGCUGUUGGUGGCAUAGUAACGGCCCGAUCCCCCAGCAAGAAGGGUUCGAAAUCACUUAUGGCGCGUCGCCGCAGCAGCAUUCGUCGUCGCCGUUCGUCUGGUAAUGAGUCCAUGUUUGAUGAGACCAUGGACUUUACAGCUAUACAAGGCGGAAUCAUCAGUGCUGGCAUUGAAGAGACGGUGAACAGCCGUGGGUCCGAUGAAGACAUCAGCAUGGAAUUCACACAGGUAGCCGGAGGCGUUCUGAGUGGAGCUAUCAAUCGAGACUCCAUGCUUCCUGAACAGACCGAUGAAAAUGAGACGAUGGAUAUGACCGCAGCUGUUGGAGGAAUCUUGCCCCCUAUUGAGGAGCAGACCGAGCCUCAGACAGAUGUGGAAGAGCAGACCAUGGCUAUGGAUAUGACCAGGGCGAUCGGUGGCAUCCUUCUCAACAGCAACAAUCAGGCGACGAGAAAAUCACCCGGAGAUACCAUGCUUCCAUCGCCGCGACGCCUACCAGCUGACCAGACUACACCCAAAUCUCCACCAAAGACACAUAAACACAGAACAUCUAUAGCUUUGGAAACAGGCAGCCCCAGUAUUGCUAUGAAGCCACGAUUGUCGGGCAGACCUCAGCGGAGCGCCACGAAACCUGCUUCUACUCCACAAACGGCGCAGCAGCAUAGUACACCCGUCAAGUCACAACCCAGAACACAACAAAGUACACCCUCAAAACAAAUCACGCCACUUCCUGUGCGAGCAGAAUCUCCAAAUAAAACUCCAUUGUCCGCAAAUGUUUCACACAGAAGCGCUUCGCCAAAGAAGUUAUUCAAGGCCGAGAUCAAAGCCAGGACAUCGCCGGCCUCUACAAGGCGAAAUACACUUUUUUCACCAGGUAAUCAGACUCCCAGUGUCGUUUUGAAGGCACCCAAGUCACAUCUGACCCGUCGACGAUCGAGUGGGAUCGGCGUUGAUAAAGACGGCAUUGGCUCUCCCCGGGUUACGGAAUUACUAGACCGUCGGUCCUCGAUUGGAAACGCCGCACCUCAAUUCAAGCUUGUUAGUAUUGAGCCUACGACGUUGCGGGCCGAGGACCCAGAACAGCUCGCGCGAGAGGUCGAAGCUGAGAGGGUAGAAGAGCAGCGUCGAGAGAGCGGCAGAUUUGUCAUGGAACAAGAAGCGGACGAACCUCAGGAUGAGAAUGUUACAUUACAGCUGAAGGAUAUGAUUGAAUCGAUGACACCACAGAAACCAAAAUCUGGCAAGCUCAAGGGCAGGAAGAGCCUUGCGGUGGGAGGCGCGAAAGGGCUCCUGGGAAAACGGCCUGCAGAACUCGACAUGGAUGAUGAAGACGAGGCUGACUCAACUCCGAAGCGCUUAAGAGUGGUUUCCAGAGAAGGCAGCCCCGUGAAAAAGGUUCAUCUACCGAAGCCACCGACCAGGGACGAAACAACUGGCAGACUCGGCACAAGACUUCAGAAGUCACUCCAAGAGUUGGCCGACAACAAUGCGACUCCAAGUCUUGGAGCAGCCUCACCUACCAAAAGCACUGUUGCGCCGAGCCCAGCCACCACUGGACGCUUCAAGGAUAUCAGGGUCAACGACGAAGCAAGACCAGAAUCGUUCGAGGACAAACUUGACAACGUGGUUGGAGCUGUCGAUAUUUCCACGGUUCAGAUGGAAGAAGGAUCGGCCCGGAGUGAAGAGGACAAGAUCUCGCUCCAGCAGUUUUUGAACAUGACCAAUAUUCACUUCAUCGAACUGUCGACCACGAAGAGGAGGCACACAAUGGCACAGCCGAUGCCCGCCUCAGGAUCCGGACAAAGUACGGACGGCAGUGACACAGCGGACAACUUUGUUGCGGCCACCACUACAUUGCCACUCCUUGAACUGUAUCAGCAUGCGACGAGAGAGCUCAAGUCUUACAUUUCUGCAGGUCGCAAGAUCAUCCGCUCCAUCGAGGCUGAAACCCUUGCUGAACAGCCGCCACUUUUCCGGGAAUACGUCGAUGCCCGUCCUGACGUGAAGAUCGUGAUGGACAACCAGUUCCGCAAUGGCAAGGCCAAUGCCCGGUUGCAGAGCAAGGAGGGAUGGUAUCAAUGGAGAGCGCAACUGGUAGAGGGACUCAAGAAUGGGCUAGAGGGUAUCGACCGAGGCAUACAGGAGGAUCUUCAACUCUUACAGAAACAGCAACAGAUGCUGGAUACUGUGCUGCCUCAGAUGAACCGAGAACGAACUGAACUCGAAGGCCAGAAGGCAUCGCUACAACAAAGUCUCGAAGAACUGGACAGCGUUCACCACGAAUCUUUGACCAAUUUACGUCGAGAUUUACAGAGUGCUGACGAAUAUUGUCUUCAACGAUCUGCUUUGCUCAAUUCGUUGCAAGAACAAAUGACAGAAAAAGAAGAAGCACUCCUCGCUGCCGCCGAAUUGAAGACUGAGAUGGAAGAUCAGAUUGCAGAGGCAGAUCGAGUAAGAGAGGAGAACAAGGGUUGGCCGGUCGCCGAUGUCCUCAGUCUCAGGUCAAGAGUUGAUGCUAUUGAGAAACAGACUGGCUGGCGACUGAUUACUGCGGAAGAAGAGAUGGAUGAACCAAAUGAGUUUGGGCCUGCCCUCACCAUGAUGUACAAGGAUGAUCUGCGACUCUUCUUCUACCCUCAAGCUUUCGAAUAUAAGGCUUCAGACGCACAACGGCGCAGAUCCGGCAGGAGAUCAGCAUCGACAAGCGGUCCAACUGCUCCUAUCAGCUUGACUUACGCUCCCGCAAACCCAGAGGACUCCGACGUGAAACAAUUAGAGCCGCCGACCGAAAAACGAUUCUUCUUGCAGUUGGUCAGAAGUCAAUUGCACGCUUUUGCAAUGAUGCCAAAGCGGUCGGUGUCAUCUAAGACUAUGCUGUCGACAGUUUCUCAAGGCUGGGAUCUUGCAUGCAAGGUUUCUGAAGAACUUCGACUUCUGAACCUUGUGGGCAUCACGACAGCCUCAAUCCUAAGCGACGAGAAACUCGGGGUUAGAGUCGUUCUGAUCAGCCCAAAACAGGGGCGGGUUGAUGUGGAGUUUGCCAUGACUGUCGCGAUUCUGAAUGACGGCGCCAUUGUUGCUUCAACCGGUGUGACAGCGCAUCCUAUUUAUGGACGUUCAGUGGAAUUGCUGAGCGGUGGAAAAGCUAGGAAAGUGCAACAUGCCUUGGGAAAGGAGGUCGAGAGCAGGGUCCUGGGGAAGGGAGCAUUCGUCAGUGCGAUCCAUGGUUUCGAAGAGUGGUUGCGUGGGCAGGACAAGGCGAAACAGGUGAAGAAGCUGGAAGAAGUUGCGACUGUUUCCGCCCCUGAGCCGGCCCCCUCAACUGGCACAGCCAAAACAACAACAACAACGACAACAACGACAACAGCAAUCUCUUCGACCUCGACCUCGGCUUCUACCCCAGCAGCACCCAAGCGGUCUCCUCUUGCUCCCAAACGGACCAACCCACUCGCAAAGAAAGCUCUUCCAGUCCCGAAGCAGCGCCUCGAAAAGUUCAACACUCAGCCUUUGUUUCCACAUCAGCAAUCGCACUCAGCCUCGGAGAAAGAGAACUUUAACCCAUCUUUCUCGGUUUCAGGCGAGCUAUCUUCUCAACAGCAGCCGCCGCCGCCGCCGCCAGCACAUCUCGAAGGAAAGGGCACCGUCGACUCAGCUGCGUGGGAGGACGUGAUUCCCCGGGCAGCCAUCCCGCCCGAGAUGCAGGAGGCCAUGAUGCACACGCCCAUCAAGCGCGUGGGUGCGUUGCGGAGGAGUCCGAUUUGA